AUGCCCACAACUCAUUUGAGGGGAAGUGUAAAUUCAAUGCACAGUGCACGACUAACUCAAUCAAGGCCCUCUGGUAGUUUCAUCCGAUGGCUUGCCGGAGGGACUUGGACACUGAGUGGGAUUAAACUUGCGACCGGCACUGGCGGUGGACGGAGCAGAUCGUCAACCGCGCAGAUCCUUUUAAGAUUCUCAAACGCCCAGCUUCAACACUUGGGACCACGUGAUGGGGCUAUCGAUACUUAG